CCGUUGGAUUGCUCUGAAAUCCUCCCGUUUUCCAAACCCAAACCAAAACUCAAGCCGAUGCACGGACGGAUCUCAGGUUUAUUCUAAACGCUCUUGCUUCAUUCGCCAUUGAGUUUUGCAAAGAGCGGUCGCAGCCUGAUGCAACGUUAACACCGGCGGGGCUGCAUACGGUACUACAGUUCCAUUUAAGUGAGCUGACGAGAUUGCAUCCUCCUCUUGCGUCAAUUUAGCGCCACCACCGGCCAAAACGGUCACCGAAGCACGACGCGAGCCUUAUGCCAAACCAUGAGCCCUCCUCGCCGGAGGCCUUGGAGGAGCAGUCCUUGCUUGCUGGACACGACAGCAGGAGGACCGAACCCUUCUCACAAACUAUCGCGAGUUCACCGCUUCCCAGCCCCCCGAGUGCACGUCCUACAGGAACCCGCUCUCCUCCCGACGCCGACGGCGACGACGGCGACGACGGCGACGACGACGAUAACAACACAAAUACCAACAACGCCAAGUCGGUCAACACACGAGGCGAGGCUGGCUACGGCGCCACCAACAUGUCCAACGCCGCCGCAUUGAACGGCCACCGCUACCCCGAACCCGACUCAGACUCGCUCCGAAAUUUCAACAACGACAAUGCCGACUUCGUAACAACCACCGAAGCCCGCCAUCUACAGCGCGGGCUGGCUCAGCGUCAUUUGUCCAUGCUAGGCAUCGCCGGUUCUAUCGGCACGGGCCUGUUUUUGGGUCUCGGCUUCGCGGUCCAGACGGGCGGCCCGCUCGGUGCCCUUCUCGGGUACGCCGUCAUCGGCCUGAUCGUUUGCGCGGUGCAGUUUGCCCUUGGCGAGGUGGCCGCCCUACUCCCCGUGACGGGCUCAUUCGUACGCCACGCCGAGUUCCUCGUCGACCCCGCCCUGGGGGUCGCCAUCGGCUGGAACCUCGUCUACGGCAACAUGCUGUCCAUCCCCUCCGAGAUCACGGCCAUCUGCGUGCUCUUCCAGUACUGGACCGACAUCAACUCGUCUCUCUUCAUCAUCGUCUUCAUUCUCCUAACCGUCGCCGUCGGCCUCACCCUGGUGCGUGUCUUUGGCGAGGUCGAGUUCGUCUUCGCCCUGCUCAAGAUCAUGCUCGUCGUCUUCCUCGUCAUCCUGGGGCUCGUCAUCAACCUCGGCGGCAUCCCCGGCACCGAGCGCAUCGGCUUCCGGUACUGGCAGGACCCGGGGCCCUUCGUCGAGUACAUCGCGACGGGCAACUGGGGCAAGUUCCUGGGCUUCUGGAGCGUGACGACGGGCGCCGUCUUCUCCUUCGCCGGCGUUGAGUCACUAGCCAUGGCGGCCGCCGAGACGCGCAACCCGCGCCGCGCCAUCCCGCGCGCCUGCAAGCGCGUCUUUGUGCGCAUAAUCAUCUUCUACCUUGCCGCCGUGCUCGUCGUCGGCAUGCUCGUCGCCAGCAACGACCCGAACUUGGGGGGCGACGGCUCCGAGGUCGCUCAGAGCCCCUUUGUGCUCGCCGCCUCGGCCGCCGGCAUCCCCGCUAUCCCGUCCGUCGUCAACGCCGUCGUCAUCACCUCGGCCUGGUCCGCCUCCAACCAGGGCCUCCUGGCCGGCACGCGCGUGCUGUACGGCCUCGCCCUCAAGGGCCAGGCGCCCAAGAUCUUCUUGCGCACGACCUCGUGGGGCACGCCCUACAUGUGCGUGCUGCUGUUCACCGUCUUCAUGUUCCUCAGCUUCAUGAGCCUUUCCGAGGGCGCCCAGACCGUCUUUUGGUGGCUCGUCCGGCUAACGGCCGCCGGCGUGCUGGUCUCGUGGUCCGCCAUCCUCCUCAACCAUAUCCGCUUGAUGCAAGCCAUGAAGCGGCAGAAGAUUGAUUUCGACCGGCUGCCGUGGCACAACUGGUGGACUAUCUACAGCUCGCCUGCUGCGCUUUUUAUGUGCAUUCUGGUCCUUUUCACCAGUGGCUUCAGCGUCUUCACGGCGGGCAACUGGGACCCUGCGACGUUUGUGUCGUCGUAUCUGGAUAUACCCUUGGUGCUGAUCGCCUACUUCGCAUGGAAGUUCAUCAUAAAGACUAAGGUCGUAUCGCUCGACGAAAUUGCCCUCGACGAGGCCUUUGACCAGGCCGAGCAGUACGUGGAAGAGCCCGAGGGCAAGCGCCGCGGCUGGAUUAGAACAGUCAGCUGGAUUUGGGAUUAGACUCGAACACGGCUGAAAUGACGAUUGGACAAUGACAUAUACAACAUAUACAGAUGGCGGCUCUCUGGGUAUAUCUAGACUAACAGGGGUGAUUAAUGAUUUGCGUUCUUUGUCUACUAUUUGGAAUAAUUUGGUGGUAGUAACUACACGGUUUCUGGAUGUGGAGUCUUCAAGCCAAUCGAGUGCAGCAGAAAAAAGAGAAGAAAAAUGAGGCAAUUUCUGCUCUUUCCGUAAACUACGAAAACGGCCUUACUAUGGCUUUGAACUGAUUCACUACCACCACCGUAGUUCUUUCCGAUCACUUAAGAUCCCGGU